AUGUCUGUCCCGCUGCUAAAUGAAUGCAAGUGCAAUAUAUGCACAGUGGAUAGCGCUGUUCUUCCGGGAUGGAGGUCUCUCCUUGACAAAGAGUUUCAGGCUGAGUACUUCUCAAAGAUCAAAAAGUAUCUGCACACCACAAAAUUCUAUCCCCUGCCCUCCAAGAUCCUUCGGUGUCUAUCUUUCUUCGAGUGCUCUGACACAAAGGUUGUGAUACUCGGCCAGGACCCAUACCACGGCCGAGACCAGGCAGAGGGUCUCUCCUUUUCCGUGCCUGUGGGAGUGCGCCCUCCCCCAAGCCUCCUCAACAUCCGCAAGGAGAUCCUCAGCAGCACAGGGAUAAAAUCAGCGUGUGUGGGAGGAUCCCUCACCUCCUGGGCGCGGCAGGGUGUUCUUCUUCUGAACAGCACUCUAACGGUCACCCCAGAGAAGCCUCGCUCGCACGCUAGCAUAGGAUGGAUGAGAUUCACUGAUGAAAUCAUUCAGCUGGUGAGCAGAGAGUCAACAGGCACUGUGUUUAUGCUCUGGGGAAAGGACGCGCAGGAGAAGAGGCCUCUCAUCGAUGAGAGCAAGCACCUCGUCCUCGCAACCUCCCAUCCCAGCCCCUUCAGCGCGCGCAGAGGGUUCCUGGGGAGCCAGCACUUUAUGCUGGCAAAUGCGUACCUUGCGUCCAAGGGGAAGAAACCGAUUAUUUGGUGA